AUGAGGAUCGCGGCCUAUAUCUGCGCUUUCGGGGCCGUCCUUCUGGCUGCCCAAGCAGCCCAAGCCGCGCACGCCGCCAGCGCCCAGCAGGCCUCCUUCCCCACCUUUCUGGCAGCCCUGGGCGCCACCCCCAACACGAAUUAUGGGAAGCAGAUAGUGGAGAGCCUCAGGCUGCAGACAACCCUCAGCAACCCCAAGCUGGCUCUCACCAUCUUCAUGCCGGAGGACAAGUACUUUGACGCCCUGGCCGCCAAGCUCAACGUGAAGCCCACCGCCAUGAGCAAGAACACCGGCCUCAUGAGGCAGGCGCGUGGCCGGAACAGCAACGGGGAUGCCAUUAGCGGCGGGCUUGCCGCGAGGGGCGUGCUGCUCUACCACUUUGUGACGGGCCCCACCGGCGUGCGCAAGGUGCUGCCCACCUCUGCCCUCCAGGCGGGCCAGCGCCUGGACACCAUGUACCAGAGCUCCACCACCAGGAAGCCCUACCAGCUGGCGGUCAACGCGGUCAACGGCAAGCUGCAGAUCAAGUCUGUCGGCACCACCGCCUACAUCGUGAAGCCCAACAUCAGGGCCGGCGCUGGCCUGGUGCACAUGAUCAACAACGUCCUGGUGCCCAUGAACCUCAACAACAUCCCCCGCUUCUAA